AUGGCGCGCGCGUCGUCCGUCUUCGCCGCCGCCGCGCCCGCGCGCGCGCGACGCCCCGCGCGCGAGGCGGCGAAGGAUGCCCUGCGCGCGGCGUGCCUCGGUGGCGACGCGCGAGGGGUGGAGCGACGCGCGCGAGCGCUCGAGACGUUCAUGCUCGCGAGCGAGUGGGCGACCGUCGAGCGAACGAGCGAGGGGGUGUGGCGCGUCGCGUACACCAACGCCCCGGCGCCGUCGAACGGACGCCUCGGUGUGUUCUCGGGUGCGUCGUUUCAGGUCGUCGACGCGACGAGGCGACGGUACUCGAACGUCCUGAGCGUGCCGCCGGAGAAUUGGUUGCGAUGCGAGUUGCGGGCGCGAUGGGACGUUUUAGAGGAUGAUGCGCUGUGGUUGGCGACGUUUGAGAGCGUGGAGAUUAAAGUGUUUGAUCGGUUUGUGUUGGGGAAGAAGGUGUGGGGAGAGGGAGAGGUGACGAGGGUGUGGCGGACGACGUACGUGGACGACGACGUGCGCGUGGUGCGAGCGGCUCGGACGCGAGAGGCGGAGGCGGCGGGCGCGGCGCGCGGACGGCGGGCGAGAGAGGGUGAGGAUUGUUUAUUCGUCAUGACGAAGGAGACGCCGUGGUGGGAGAUCCCCACGGGCGUGUAG